CUUCAAUUUUCUUUCCUUUUCUUUUCUUUUCCUCCUCUUUCUUUCUUGCCGUAAAAAAAUAAUUGUCUUAACUAGUCCGAAAGUUAAGAAAAAAAGAAAUACAAAUGGGAAAUGCAAAUGGAAAAGAGUCAGAAGAGAGAGUUAAUGCAAGUGAUCCAACAGUCCCAAGAUCCAACGGUGAAUUGGGUGUCCUUCUUCCUCCUCGUGAUAACCCUUCCCCAUCUCCGCUCUUGUUCACUCCUCAGGUUCCUAUAUCUCUCUUGCAUAGGGUUGAUGGCAUUCCCUUUUCCAAUCAAAUGUGGCAAACAGAAUCUCAUGUAUCUGGUAUUCCUCCAGAGCAAGGAAUCCCCACUAUCAUAGCAUGGAAUUAUGGUGGUAAUGAAGUGGCUGUUACAGGAUCUUGGGACAGGUGGACAUCAAGGAAGAUGCUGCAGAGAUCUGGUAAGGAUCACACGGUUCUUUUAGUCCUUCCAUCUGGCAUAUACCAUUACAAGUUCAUUGUGGAUGGUGAGUGGAGAUAUAUUCCAGAACUGCCAUUUGAAGCUGAUGAAGCUGGUGUUUGUAAUGUUCUUGAUGUUAAUAAUAAUGUGCCAGAAAUCCUUGAUAGCAUAACCGCAUUUGAGGGUCCGCCUUCGCCAGACUCAGGUUAUGGUCAAACAAUGCUCUCGGAGGAAGAUUUUGCGAAGGAGCCUGUAGCGGUUCCAGUUCAGCUGCCUAUACAUUUUGAUAUGCACAAGUCGGAAGAAGCAUCAUCUUGCUCGAAAAAGACACGACAUGUUGUGCUUAACCAUAUGAUCAUGGACACCUCAUACGCAGCACAGUCAGUGGUUGCGCUCGGAGUAACCAACAGGUUUGAAUCUAAAUAUGUGACUAUGUUUCUUUAUAAGCCACUCAAGUUGGCAGUCUAAGUUUGCUGUAAAUAAAAGGAAGGUUGGGAUGUGGAGAUUAUCCAUGUUGAUUUAGGAAUUAGUUGUCUCUGUAAUGUAAAUUUAAGCAUUCAUAAAAACUUUGAAUUUAUUUCA